GAUUUUUGUUUGUUAUUCUCUGUUUGUUAUUUUAUUACAAUCUUGUUUAAUCUAGUUUGGUAACAAGAUAGAUCUCAUUUAAACCCACAUGAUUACAUUAAUAUCACAACUGUGCAUGGUCUUCUUAAUUUAUCACAAGAAUUAUGAGUCAUGGCAGACAAGACACCUACUAAUCUUAUUCUAUCACAAACCUCUUUCGUUGAAGAUGGGGUUAUUGACUUAUAUGCGAGCAAAUUAGUUGUCAUGUGAAUGCCAAUGGAUCCAAUCAUGUCAGUAUUAUAUUUAAGGGUGCUAUUAUCCUAAACAACUGUGUUAUGCAACACACAUCUCUAUCAUAUAAUUAUUUUUGAUUAGUGUUUUUGUGUAAAUGUUGACUUCAAAAACACCCAAAUCAUGAUUCUCAAUUUCUCUAAGAUGUAAAACACGUGUAGAUCAUUUUAUAAUGAACAUAUUAGGCCUUUAAUUUGUUAAAGACGAGCCGGUCUGCGUCAAUAGUGGUGUUUGUUUAUUACGACUUAGUAGCUAAACCAACUUCCUCGCCAAUGGAUGCCUCUAUUUUCCAUUCAUCUCUAUUAUUCUUCUCAACUUAUAAACUUUCUAUUUAGUUGCUUUUUCUUCACUAAAGAUUCAUCAAAGCCUAGACUUUUUGGAGCAAAUUUCAUAGCCAAAAUUGACAUCAAGAACACAAUCCGAGGAUGUCAAACGUCAAGAACAUGAUGUGCACAACCUUAACAAGAUCAAUGCCAGCAAUUGCAUUCUUCGGUAGAAUGGCAUUUGCCCUUGUCUUUAUCAUCUCGGCUAUCCAAGACUAUGCUGAUCAUUUUGGUGGCGGUGGCGGGCCGCUAGAGAAGACGGUGGGACCAGCAGUAAAUGUGAUGACCAAAUAUGGCUCUAAGGUUCUCACGUUUUACACGGGAAUGCAAGUGGUCGCAUUCGAUGUUAGACUUUUAGAGUUUUCACUCAUAACCGCAAAGGGAACUGCAGCUUUGUGGUUCAUCUUUGGACAAUCUAUGCCUGCUUACUUCUUGCUCGCAACACAAAUGCUCUCAACUGUUAUUCCUUUCCCUACAAACUUGAACGACUUCACUCAGAACUUGACGUUAAUGGGUGCGUUGCUCUAUUACAUUGGAUUAAAACAUAGUAUCGACAACCUCGAGGAGGGAGAGAAGAGCAAGGAGAAGGAGAAAGAAGAUGACAAGCCCUCCACUUCCAAAUCCAAAGCAAACUAAAAUGUGAUUUCACAAAGUCAUUUGCUUUGUUUCGGUAGUGGUUAUUGCCUCUCUCUUUGGUUUCGUCAUUGGCUCUCCUUUUCGUCCCCCGAGCGCGUUGUUGAAUAUGGUAUUUUGCCUUCUUUUUUGGUUGAUCAGACGACUCUCUUUGAUAUCAGUUUUCGAUCGAAUGCUUUGUCUUUUGUUAUGUUUCCUGUAGGGUUGAUAUGGUUAUAUCCACCAACGACAUUUUAUUGGCUAUAGGAAAUAGGAAAUCCCACGUUCAGGGUUGAGCACAGUACCACUAAUGACGUGCUUACAAGUAAGCGUAUCAAAGUCGCUGACCAAUGAAAAUGGUAGUACUGUAAAAAUCUUUUUAUCCCGGUAGAGAUCCACUUAAAUAGAUAAUAUUAGUUCCGUCGGAUAAAACAAAUCUCACAAUCAUCAAACAAUUUCACAACAUCAAAAUCAUCCAUCUUAGACUAAAGACACUAGGAACACAAGAAGGGAGAUAGAACUCUAAACAAAAGCUCUAUCUCUAAUCAAAACAUCUAAUACAAAGGUACUUGUGGAUAAUUGGGUUUUUAGUAUAUUAGAUUGGAUAUCAAUCGUAGUCAGUUAAUGAUUUGACUAAACGUGUUCUCUAAACCAGAUAAACGUACACGAAAUGUCACUUUAAUCAAAGAAGAAUUGACAUAAAGGACUGAUAAAUGAACACGUAUACAGUUACAGGCUUACUUUCAAGAAGUUUGAAAAUUUCCGUGUUGAACUUUAUAUUUUUUUUUUCCGUCAAUGUUUUUAAUAUUGAAGAAGAUAGGGCCAGGCCCAAUUACAAGGCCGAAGCCCAAAGAACUACAAAUCCGACAGUAAACAAGAAAAAACUACGGGCCAACCAAUGGGCCUGAAACCCAAACCCAGCCUCGAGAAGGAGAAAGAGAAACCCGGCGACUUCAGCUGGUCCACGUGUCGAGGAGACCGGAUACGUGUAAUGAUCAGAGUCGUCGGAGCGACACGCAUCUCUUCCGUCUCCACUCAACCGCCACCGCUUGAGAACAUCGCCGGGUCCGCCUCACCGCAAAACUCGUUCGACGGAGCUCAGAAGACUGAAGAGCCUCCGUCGAAACCAACACCUUUCUUCAACGCCUUAUCUUCGUUCCGGAGAGUUGCUUCGAUCCAAUCGAGAUCUCAUCCGCUUAACGAACGACGAUAACCACUUGAGAACCACAAACCGAAACCUAGAACCCCACACGAAACACCAAGAGAAUCCACAAGCCGAUCCAAAGAACUGGACCACCAAACAGCCGGCGAUGCAAGGUAGAAGAACCCUUCACACCCCGGAUACAGAACCGACGACGGUGAAGCUGACUAAGCCUUCACCCCCGGAAACACAAGCCGGCGGCGAUGGAGCUGUAGUAGCCUCCACCUCCCGGAAACAAAAACACCACUAACCAGGCGCCAAGCUUCAUCGCACUCACUCUCCACACGUCUGCGCCUUUACUCCAUCGACAAAUCCACCACGGGUGGGAUCUAUAACAGAGCUCAGGCAAAGCAGAGGGUAGAGGAGACGUUGGAGAACGAGAGCCAAGUACUUCUAUGGUAACUCGAGGGAAUCCGGCGACGGCACGCACGCUCACGCGCCGGCCGAUCGCCGGAUCCAAUCUUAGAUCUACUUUCUCUCUCCUUUCUCUCGUGUUGAACUUUAUAUAGAUAGUGCUUUGGAAUUUAUUUCUAUAUUUUUCUCAAGUAAUCAAAUGCAAUUUCAAGCCCAAGAAAAUAUAUUCAACAACUAUUGCCGGAGAAGUCAUAUCAAUGACAUCGCCACAUUACCUACCGACCUUAUCACGUUUGACGUGAAGGAUAAUAGACAUUACAUUUCUUAAUGUUUCAGUUUCAUGAUUUAAUAUUUAAGCCAUAGUACUUGAGAAAUCUAGAAGAAUCUUGUGACUAUUCUUUUCACUACCUACCGAGUCCGAGCCAUAUUGAUUAAUUACUCGAAAAAAAUCAUCUCUGUGUAAUUGUUUUGCUACAACUCUUCGUCUUUAUCACUGUUGUACCGACAUUCUCUUGCUGCCUUCAUCUCAAUCGAUGCCGCGACAAAGGCGUAAAUGCAAAGCUUCUCUUCUAGGUGAUAAUCUAUCUCUUUUUGAAGGAGCAUAACAGCAGGAUCUUCAUUUCUUCUUCGAUUGUCGAUGUUCUCCAUUCUACUGCUGACUGAACUAGGCGCUACCGACUUCUAUCAUACCUAUCAGUAAAUGCAACAUCAAUAAAAAAAUUAAACUUUUUUUCAUAUAUAAACAACAAAAAGUGAAAAAUCUUUCAUUUGAGAAACUUAUUUGACACUUAUCAAAUUACUAAAAGAAUAAAAAUUUGUACAAAAUUUUUUUUUUUAAAAAGCAACUAAUAUGGACGGCCUAAUCUCCCCUUAUAUUUCAGUAUUCUUCUCCUUAUUACCUUCUUCUAUUUCUUUGAUGUAAUAAGUUGCUCAGUAACAACAAUGUAAAACUGUUUAACUUUUAAUAUCACUACAAAAAAAUCAGUGAUAAAUGUAUAUAUGUACGUAGUCAUUAGUCAAUAAAUUUGAUUUUAUUGAUAUGUUAAAUAAUUAUUUGAAUAACAAUAUGAUUAUCGAUAGAAGAUGAAAUAAUUUACAGUUAAAAAAAAAAAGAUGAAAUAAUUUAGUCGAUAGUGCAGUGCAUAAAGUGAUGCGGAAAAUUUCACGAAAAAAUCGCUUAAUAACACUGUACUUCUCAUGUGUGUCCACAAUUGUAUGGAUCGAAAAUGGGCCACAAGUGCAAUACCUUGGCUAAAUGGGAGUAUAUAUGAAUAUAAUACUUUAUUAAACACCAACUUGACCUAUAAAUAAAAUAAAUUAAUAGUAAUGAGAAACUGUCAAAAUCUGGCGGUGGCAUGAAGUAUCAGUUAAACCAAGUCCAUUGGAUCCUAGUUACAGUGGUCCCACCUCUCAACGUCGGUUCUUUCGUUGCUUUCUCAUGUUUCAUCAUAAUCAUCCUUUUUCUUUUUUUUUUCUCAUCUGAAUGAGAAAAAGUCCUCGGAACAAAAUAAUAGUGUAAUUGGUUUUACGUUAGACUUUGAGUAACAAAUCAAAUUUGACAAAAACAAACCUGAUUGCGUUUUAUCAAAUGGUAAGAAUCAUCGAAAAAUGUUACUAUAAAAUAACAUUAUCAUAUUAGUAAAUUAGGGGAAGAAAGUAAGAAACAGAGAAUAUUAUUAGGUUGGAAAAUUUUGAAUUUAGAAGAAAGAAAAGAAACGUAGGACUGAGAAAUCCAGCAAAGCCACAGAAAAUAAAGUAGAAAAUUAAAACAAAACAGCUAAGUCCUUCCUUUCAUUAUCUUUGACCAUACCCAAACUGUGUGUACAGUCCACAUAAACAUACCACCUUUCUAUGCAUGACACACGCACACGCCUCUUUAUAUAUAUAACACACGCACACGAAUCUUUAAGGCUCACAUAUCAAAACUCCAUCUUCUCCCUCAGAUCUUUACGGACAAACCACAAAUCUCAUUUUAGCUUCCAAGUCGGUUAUUUAGUUCUCUUCUUCAACACCCGUUUAGUUCGCUCUUUAAUUAUGUCUACUACGAUGAAGACACCGGUUUGCAGCUCUGGUUCCGGUAAUCAGCGGCAGCCCAGUCGCUUACAAAAGCGACCUCCGGCGUUAAAGAUAGUUCCUGCUCCGGCGAAUAACUGGAAAACGGCUAUUCCUCUCCUCUCGCCGCUAGCUCUUUCCCCAGACUCACCUGUCUACCAACCGUCGGUUGAGAAUCCGACGAAAGCUGCUGCGGUUGCGCCUGCGGUAGAGAAAACGCCGGUAUUCAAGACGUGGCAGCAUCCUGCGGCGCCGUUUUGUUACGAGACAUCAUCGACGUUUGUUCCGCCGUUUGUACCUGUUUAGUUUUAGAUCCAAAGGUUCAAAAAAGUACAGUUUCUUUUGGUCUUGUGUAAAUCUAAUGGCCCACAUUUACGCGCUGUGGUUGGAACAACGCUAUUUUAGUAAUAGAUAAAUAAAUUAAAAGAAAUAUUAAGUAA